UAAAUCACAACGCAAAAUCCGCCAUUAUUGCAAAGUUGAGAUAAAAGUGUGACUAUUUUUUGCGUGUUAUAUUCCCCAAAAAAAUAUAAAUUUUUUAUACUUUGAAAAUUGCUUUCCACUACGUUUUUGCGCAUUAAAUUUUAAUAAAUAUGUCCCGCAGUGAAAGUCGAAUUUAUGUUGGCAAUUUGCCACCAGAUAUUCGUACAAAGGAUAUCCAAGAUCUAUUUCACAAGUUCGGUAAAGUGUCAUUUGUCGACUUGAAAAAUAGGCGUGGUCCUCCAUUUGCUUUUGUUGAAUUCGAGGACGCCAGAGAUGCAGAGGAUGCAGUAAAGGCUCGCGAUGGAUACGACUAUGAUGGUUACAGAUUGCGUGUAGAAUUUCCACGCGGCGGUGGACCAGGUAGUUUUCGCGGCAAUCGCAACGACCGUAGUCGCAACGACGGUGGCCGGGGUGGAGGUGGCGGUGGUGGCCGCGGUCCUCCAACCAAACGUUCACAAUACCGUGUUUUGAUUACCGGUCUACCAUCGUCUGGUUCAUGGCAAGAUUUGAAAGACCACAUGCGUGAGGCAGGAGAUGUUUGCUUUGCAGAUUCAUAUAAGGAUGGCACUGGUGUGGUUGAAUUUUUGCGACACGAAGACAUGAGAUAUGCCAUAAAAAAAUUGGACGACUCUCGUUUUAGAUCGCAUGAGGGAGAAGUCUCCUACAUACGUGUUCGUGAAGAUACUGGAGACGGAGCUCGCGGCGGUCGUGAUUUGCGUGAUAGGUCUCGCUCUUACUCGCCACGUCCACGACGCCGUGGUACUCCAACUUAUUCACCUCUACGACGCUCAUAUUCCAGGUCAAGAUCUCGUUCACGCUCAAAUUUUUAAUUUAAAAGCAUUGCAAAUCCUUUGAAAUUAUACAAACAACACUAUUUAUAACAUACUGUAAUGAAGAGUAUGAUCGGUAACCCUAUCACCAUAUUAUAGUCAUAUAUGUAAUUCAUACGUAGACAUAGUACAUACAUAGUUUUCAACGCGGUCCUUUCAGCUCGAUUUUCAUAAAAAGCAAAUUCUUGAGCGAGCAGAGCUCAUUACUAAUUUUCAAUAAAUUAUAAUUAGUUCCACCGCUGCUCUUAGAAAACAGAAAAAAAAAAUUAUGUACUCACCACUAUAAAAAUAAAAAGUUUAUAUAAGUUAGCUUCAUACACAAAGAUACUAAUAAUAACUAAACUUCAAUGCUUUGGUUAUAAUUAUCUAAACAAAUAAAAUAUGGCAUUUGAAUUAUACAUAUACUUGCAUAAUAUAAUAAUAAUAUAUAUUUCUUUUUUCCGCUCUAUUCACGUUAUAUGAAAUGGAUGGAAUGGAAUGAUGGAUUAUUGAGAGUAUUUGGAUAAGUGGAUUUUAAGGAUUUGGAUGUUAUAUAAGGACGUAUUUUUUACGAGGGUACUGAUACUUUGGAGUGUUGAAAAAAUCAAGGAAGUGAUGAUUAUGCAACAGGACACACAUUUUCGUACAACCUUUUUCCUACGCAUAUCGAACAAUCGUGGGAUUUUCUUUCCUUUCUUCUUUCAACUUAUCAGGAUUAUCAAAACACCGCUGCAAAAUUUCUCUUUUGUUAUCUCUGGAAAAUGAGAUAACCCCUUAUGUGGCAGCUUCCGUCGUUACGACUUUAUAUUCCCCUUCUCUCGCUUCGAACUUUUUUCGCAUAAAAAUGUGAGGAUGAACAUAAUUUCGAUAGCCCAAGUUCUUUAGGACAGGAUGUGGGACUGCGUGGGAGGAUUUCGUUACUCAACCUUAAAAAUCCAUCGUUAGUUUCCAACUUGAUAAAGGUCUUUUACUGCGCUUUGGAUUUCGAGAUAAUUGUGUCUGCGUUACAAUGUUACGAUUGGAAUUCAUUAGUGCAAGCUUUCUUAUGAUUAGGAAAAUUUCCGAUUUACCACUGGAUUAAGAUUACCUUGGAAUUGAUGCAAAUGUUUUUACUUCGUCUCAUUAAAAGAUUU